CCCAAAAUACUCUCUCUUUUUUUUAGUAAGCGGUUUAUUAGGUGUACAGUAAGCCCUAAUAGUCUUCCAUAAACUCCGAUUCCUACUGCUAAAUCUCUAUAAUUUUGCUUCAAAACAAAAAAAUAAAUAAAAAACUCUCUACAAUUUCUUAAAAAAAUCUCCGGGUCUAGAUUUAUUACUGUCAGAUGAAGAAGGGAAAGAUUGUUGAUGGAAAGAAUAAGAAAAGAAGAAAGCAGCAAACCCCAAUUGAUGAUCCUUCUCCAUCUCCUUCUCCAUAUCUUCCACAGGAUUUGGUUCUCGGGAACAUCAUUACCAGAUUACCAGUUCGUGUUCUAUCACGAUUCAAAUUGGUAAGUAAGUUAUGGUACAAUUCGAUCGUUAAUGAUACAAAAUUUGCCAUGUCUCAUUUCUCUCAUCACCAGACUAGGAGAAAAUUAUGGUUUAAUCUUCAUAAUGUGUUAAAAAUAGGUAAAGAUGAGGUGAGAAAUUACUUUUUCAAUUUAGAAAAGGAUGGUUCUGAUGAGUAUAAUUUUAAGCUAUUACACAAACAUGAAUCACAAGGUCGCUCAAUUGAACCAGUAGGUAACUGCAAUGGGUUAUCUUGUUUUCAACGUAUGGGUAUUUCACCUGGUUCUGAAGAAAUCAUUAUUGUGAAUCCGUUUAGGCGUGAAACACUUAAUCUCAUCUGUUUGAUUCCUAAGAUUGGUGGAGGAGGGGGUUCAUUAAAAUAUCUGUGUCAUGGUUUUGGUUUUGAUUUAUUGUCACAAGAGUAUAAGGUUGUACUUAUUUAUACAACUUCAACAAGCGAAGGUGAUCGGGGUUUCAUUUGCAUGGUUCUCACAUUGGGAGUAAGAUCUUGGAGGAAGGUAGUUACUAGUACUUGUGAUAUGUUGCCACCACCAGGAUACUCUCCUUUUCCAAGUCAAAUGGUGACAACAAUGUGGAAAAAGGAUCAUAGAUCAGCCGCUAUUUGUGGAGGUGAUCUUUUAUGGAGAAUAACUCAUACUGGUAGUCUUGAUGGUAAUAAGAUUGAAAUGUUGCUUUCGUUUGACAUUCAUAAUGAAAAAAUUCAGUUCAUUGGACUUCCUGAAGAAUGCAAUUCUCUGCAAUCGACGUUAAAAAGGGAUUAUUAUCUAGAAAUCGGUCAUCAUCUUCUAGAGUUCAAAGGAUAUCCUUGUGUUGCACGUUCUGCAAAGCGAUUGAUAAAUAGGACAGAUUCCAAUAAAUUUUGUCAUUAUCGUUUUGAGAUUCUUUUUUAUAUAUUGAAGGACAAGGUCAACCAAGAAUGGGAAAACCAGGAGAGUUUCGAUGUUAGAUUGAAGGACGACAGUUUUGAGCCCGGCGAAGAUUAUCGGAAUCCUUUCCUUCAGUACUUUAGCCACAUUGAUGCCUGUCCUACACGUAUCUUCAGUUUCUCUGAUCAAAUGAUACUGUAUUGGUUUGAUGGGGGAUGUCUUAUAUUCUACCAUUUGGAACAUCAUAACGUGGUAGAAGGCUUCCACUCCGAUGAUAAGCAAACUCGUAGUAUUUUUAAGGAUAAGAUGAAAGAGAUCAAUCCAGACCCUGAUUAUGACGAGGAGGAUGUUGAUGAUUCUGAAUGUGUUUGUCCCCUUAUUGAUUAUCAGCUGCAUGCACAAGUGGAAAACAUCAUUUCGCUGAAUAAACUUCAUUCCUGAAGGAGAAGAAGUUGUUGAAUUUGACAUCAGCAGAAUGGUAUGUUUUCUUUUAGGUAGUUUUCUCCAAUUUAAGUUUUAUUGCAGAGUUGUUUUUUAUUUUAUUGACGGAAAAAAACAAACUAUCCUAAGGCAUAACUCAUUGUUGCAUAAUAGAUUUCUCAUUCUGCCCAUCUUCACUUUCAUCUGAACUACUACUACUGCUUACAAUCUUCAUGUACAUACUAUCCUCACUUGUGGAAUGAUGAUAUUUUUCUCGCUUUAAUGCCAUGAAAUGUGCUAUACACAAUGAUCCAAAAUUUUCUUUGUAUUCGAGAUUCUCUUCUCCGAACCCAAAUUCAUCCAGCGCAAAAUUUACCACCAUAUUUUAGAUAUUACAUACCUUUAAAGAUUAUGUAAAUCAAGUGAAUUGUUAAGUUUUCGAAGGCGAUCAACAAGAUCCCGGGGCCUAACUGCUAUGAAAAAAGGGUUGCAGGAUUUAUACCGACAACGAUACCAAGUGUGAUAUCAAAAGCAUGUCUCAAGAACACAUCUUGUAAACCGAUUAUGAAGCCUUUAUUGUAUCUCGAUGAGAAAUGCUUCAAUCUCUAUUGAAUCUUUAAUUGCUCUCUUAGUUAUCCACAUUCAAACUGUGAUUCUAAAAUCUUUUGCUGCAAAAACUGUGGUAGCCAUCUUUUUCCAUAAAUCGGCAUCACAGUAAAGAUAGCUUGGCCUAGUAACUUGAAAGCCUCAUAUAUAUCAGAACCUCUAGGGAAGUUGCGAGAGUUGGUUUUAAGAAUGUACUCAGACUUUCUUUGCAUUAGGUGUGAAUAACACGUCUGGACCAAAAAACAAAGACCCCUCUAAUAACAUUGUACUCGAAAUGGUCUUACUAAUAACUUCAGUCGUCCAGACUCCAGUCAUAGAGACUAAGGUUGCUGUUUAAUCUUAUGGAGCUAACCACUUGGAAUUUUGCAAGGUUUCUGGUGAUUCAUGUUGCAGGUGAUAUAGUCCACCAAUUGCUGCAAAGCUUAGGAUUUGGCUGUGGGACAACCGCCAAGCGGCAUAUGACAUAUUUGCACAUCAAGAAAAAGCAUUGAUUUUUGAUGAAUACUACUGGCUCCUGCUGCAAAAUACUUAGUAGCUUCAAAGACAUCGAUUUCAUCAUCAGAAUCAUUUCUUUGGUUGAGGUUGUAGUGGUGGUGGUAAUGGUGGUUAGGUAUCUUGUGGACUGCACUAUAAUGGUGAUCAGGAUAUCUUGUGUUAGACAUGGUUGUUGAUGAUAAAAUGUUGAUGAUAAACAGCUAUAUAUAUAGUUCUUGAUCAUGUGGAUGAUAAAAUUGGUCUUUUUGUUUACUUACAAUAUAUGGGGCAGAGAUCGUGGAGGAGAAGAUAGAACUGAGUUGGACGAGAUUUAGUGGGCAGAGAGGGUCAGUGUGCUUGCAGUUAGCGACACAACAAUGCUUCCAAGGGGUCAGCUGCUGAAAUGUGUUUUGAGUCGGGUAUCAUUUUGUACCUAACUCGUUUGCAGGUAUGUUAUAACUUGGAUACGGAUGGGUAGAAAACAAACAACCCAACCUGAAGAAUUUGAUUUUGCUAUUAUUUAGCUCUGAUUCCACCUCCAAGGACAUACCUCUUGUGUUCUCUGCCACUCGGAUCAUCGUCUGAAUCACAUGGUCCCUCCUUUCGUGUACGGGGUUUAUAUCUGAAGCCGAUCUAUGCUAUGUCAUGAAUCAUGAUAUAUACUUGUUAUCUCUAACAAGAAAGGUCUUUUCUUUUUCAUUGAGAUAAUUUCUUUAAGUGCCAGCCACGAGAUCGAUAUAACGAUCAUAUUUCAAGAUAAUUCAGCAAUCUCAUAUCUGGGUCAUAACCAAUCACGAUUUCUGUGAUGUUACGUGCCUUCCAUAUCAGACACAUGAUAAAAAGGCAUUCUUGGCAUGGCUUGUUGUAUUUAUCCCCAAGUCUUUCAUUGCAUGGUUACCCGAACAAAAGAUUGGCUUGAUGUGGGCCGUCGUGUUUUGCAAACUUGCAAGUGUGCAAACUGUCGGUCUAUUCACAGUAACAUUUUAGAACCCCACUCUGAACAACGAUUAAAUUUUUAACCUUACGUUUCUCUUUUAUGAUUGGAUUGCUCACUGCCUCGCUCCAAA